AUGGACUUUGCCUACAUUUCCAAUUCAUCCUUCAGUUCGCCUGAGAAUCUGGGAGAAGAAGAGGAGUACAACAAUGUGCUCAUGCCCAGCAUCUUUGGUGUCAUCUGUUUCAUCGGGAUCUUUGGGAACUGUAUUGUCAUCUACACCAUUGUGAAGAAAACCAAGUUCUGCUCCCAGCAAACGGUACCAGACAUAUUUAUCUUCAGCUUGUCCAUCGCAGACCUCCUCUUCCUCCUUGGCAUGCCUUUCCUUAUCCACCAGCUCAUGGGCAACGGCUCCUGGUGUUUUGGUGGCACCAUGUGCACUGUCAUCACAGCACUUGACUCCAACAGCCAGAUCGUCAGCACAUACAUCCUGACUGUGAUGACUCUGGAUCGCUACCUGGCCACCGUCCAUCCCAUCCGCUUCAAACAUGUGCGGACGCCCUUCGUGGCUGGGGCGGCGGUGGCUCUGGUGUGGGUGUUUUCUCUGGUGUCCAUCACUCCGGUCUGGAUGUACACGGGACUCAUGCAUCUGAAGAACGGCUCGGUUGGCUGCGCCCUCCUGCUGCCCAACCCAGCCACAGAUACAUACUGGUUCACUCUCUACCAGUUCUUCCUGGCCUUUGCUCUGCCAUGGGUGGUUAUCUGUGGCGUCUUCUUCAAGAUUCUCCAAAACAUGUCAGCAACAGUUGCUCCCCUGCCCCAGCGCAGCCUCAGGGUGCGGACCAGAAAGGUGACCCGUAUGGCGGUGGCCAUAUGCCUAGCAUUCUUCAUCUGCUGGGCCCCCUACUACAUCUUACAGCUGGCCCACCUCGGAGUGCAGCAGCCCACCUUCGCUUUCCUGUAUGCCUACAACAUUGCUAUCAGCAUGGGCUACGCCAACAGCUGCAUUAACCCGUUUAUCUACAUUGUAUUAAGUGACACAUUUAAGAGGCAGUUCAUCGUGGCCGUUCGGCCGUCCCACAGGGUUUUCAGAGUGGCACCUGCUCUGGCUGAUGGCAGCAUGAGUCUGAGGAUGGCACCAGACAGCUUUCAACCAUCUCACUCACAGUCAGCGAGGGAGCUGUUUCAGAACAUGCUGCCAGUCACUGUGGCUGUGCACUGAGAUACGGACACUUAACCAGCAAACAAUCAAGCUUACAUGAAGACGUACUGUGACUCUGCUGAUCUAUAAACAACGUUUUUGUGCCAGGUGGUGACAUAGUCUGUGACAUUUCAAAGCAUGUUCGGAGUGAGUCACCCUUUUAUUCACAAUCAGAAAAAAAGGAACAAUGGUCAACAUCUUGUGUGUUUGGUAAUCAUCUUUAGACUCAGCAAGCUACAGAGAACUGGGUCAAUUAUUCAACUGUAGAAAACAAAUAACAGCAUAAUGUGCAUAA